AUGGUAAAGACGAAGUUCACAAGGAAUGGAAAGGAGGUAAUGAUUUUCGGAGCGAUGAGGAAUUUCGAUUACGGGAGUGACGAAGCGGUUCAAGAGUCGAAGAAGGGUGGAGAACGCGAUGCUUCUGUGAGUUUGCCAUCGCUGGAGAGAUCGAGGAUUCGUAAAAGCGUUGAAGGGAUAUCGAUUGGCGGAUCGUUUAGAAUGCUUAACUGGUACGACUGUGUGGAAAGAUCUUGGGGAGAUUUGAAGGGUAUGAAAAAAUUACCUGAAUUACCAAAGGCUUAUCGUGGUUCUCUUAGAUUGGAGAAUUGUGGCGGAAAGAUUGUGCUUUUAUGGGAGGAAAAUGUGCGUUCUAUUUGUUCUAUGAAGGAGAAGAUGAUAUGGUGUGCUGAGGUUGCACUUGAAAGACUUAACAGUCGAGAGAUUUAUGGAAAGGUUAAGUGGUGUCAUGUCAACUAG